AUGGAAGACUACAAGGAAUUAAUCGACGAACAUGUUCACUACUCUCAAUCCUUGGCGUCGGUCAGUCAAAUUGAAAAGUUGUCUCAGAAACGAGGCAAGAACCCUGUCAACGAACGCUUCAAGGUUACACCAGAUACGUAUUAUCCCAACACCUACAUGAACCGCAAUGAACUACGGCAAGAAAUGAAUAGCAAGUCGGUCACCUAUCAAGAUCUUAGGCACUUUGCUUCGGAAGAUAUUGGACAAUUGCACGUAGAAAUACUCCAAUGUUUCGGCCUUCCUACGGCAUCGGCCUUUCGGGAAGUAUCGGCGUUUGGAAUUGCCGUCUGUGGGUCCCAUGCCUUUUCGACAGAUGUCAUGCCGCCAGUGGGGAAUCCAAUGUGGCUGUGCAAAAUGCAGCGGGCUGGAAUCUUUCCAUUGACGAGUGCUUACCAACGCUUAUUUGUGGGAAUCUUUGACCAUGUAUCUACCGAUAAGUCAUCGCAACGAAAGGACGAUUUCAUCGGGCGAGUAGUCAUAGAUAUAGCGCGACUACGGCCUGGAUGUGUCUAUGACAUUACGUUACCUCUAAGGCAGAGCGCGCAUGUGUUUGGGAGGGAACCGAGGGGUGCCAUUCGGCUGAGAAUACAUUUGCAUUGGGAGAGUGAGCGGGCAGCCGUGGCCAGCUACUUGCCCUCGUUGGAUGAUCCUCAUCCGAUUCACAGUCGAUUGAACCCGAAUGAGCAGCACCAAAUUCAUUGUUUUGAUGAGCGGGCGUUUCGCAACGUCGCUCAAGUUGUUCAUGGGAAAGACAUGCAAGGGAAAUUCAGCAUGUCGGUGAUGAAGGCAACUAUUCGUGAAUUCAACUUUUUACGCAUCCAUUACUUGCGUUAUUUGCGAAAACGGGAGCUGUAUAAUCUGCGGUGGUGGAUACAUCCUUUCAUCUCCGGCUUUGUCUUUGUGGCUUGGAUGCAUGCAAUCUACGCCAAUACUGUGCGAUACGUGCCAGCCCACUUUGUGACUUUCCUGCUACUGCACCUAUAUAAAAACUAUGUUCGCUAUGCAAUCCACUGUGGACAUGGUUUUCUGGGGCCCAGUAUCGAAGAACUCUUUCUAGCCUUGGUCUAUGGGACAUCGGAUAAUCCCAAAAAGUACAUUGUACCACUAAAUAUGGAGCGCGAGGAACAACCGCAAGAUUCGAUUGCCUUGGGGGGCAAGAGCACGCCCAGCAGCAGCAUGGAGUUUGAUAUUUUGGAUAGCGACGACGACGAAAAUGACUAUCAGCCGAAGGACGCAUCUACAAAAUCACAGUCAAGUAAGGGGGCUUUGAACCUAGAAGAUGACGGCGCUGCAAUCAUCCCCAUCCGCCAAAUCGCUGAACACAUGCGACAAGCAUUACCGGUUAGAGAUUAUAAAUCUUCUUUGAUGAAAACUUACAAGGAUUGCUUCACGGGGAAAGAAGCGGUGGACUUUAUGCUUACUCACGGGUACGCUCAUUCUCGUCUGGAUGCAGUGGCUCUCGGGAAACGAUUAGCCAGCGAAACCAAACUCUUCGAACAUAUUACUCGAAAAUAUCAAUUCGAAGAUACAUCUUAUCGGUAUCAGUUUGUGGAAUAUGACAGUCAAACCUAUGUGAUUACCGGACGCAAGCCGAGGGGUGAGCGUUUUUUUCGUUUGAUUGGCUUUUUGAAUGACGAGGAUGCAGAACAAGAGAGGCACAUGGAAUUUCCGUUUGCAUCAGAAAAAGAUGAUCCGCAAUUUACGGUAGAAGAAUCUAUAGUAAUUCGAUCCCUCGAAUCCAAAAAGGAACAAGAAAAGCUGAAGCGCCAAAAAAAGAAGCGACGCAAUUCAUCAGAUUCGUUUGAUUUUGACGUUGACGAUGACGACAAGACGCUAUUGGGAGGGAGUGACGCAAUUUCGGAUCAUCUCUUUGAUGGUAUAGUCCCCUCGGCUAGAAGUGGGCUGACCGCAAGUUUCCGACGUGAUGAGAUGAACCAAGGAAUAAAGCAAGUUUCGACAGAAGCAGCAACCGCCAUGAAGAGUGGUUUAAAAAAGGCGCAAGUAUACGCGCACAACAGACCCUUUAAUCGGAACCGAUUAGCAAGUAGCAAGUCAUCGAGCGGGAACAGUUUCAGGAUGUCUGGUUUCUUGGAUGCUGGAGCGUCAGUCGAUUAUGAGAGCUAUGGCGAUGUCAUCGAUGUUUCCCAACGACAAAUGGGCGAGGCCUUUGUCAUUGAAGAAAAGAGUUUAGUAAAACCACCGCCACAAAAUAUCAAUGAGAAGGUAGACGAAGGAAAGGGAGCUUCCUUUGCCAAGACUGUUAGUGACGCUAGACACCAAAUGCAUGAUGUUCUUGGUCAUACUUUCAACGAUCGAAUUUUCAAGGUCAACCCCUUCAUUCAUCCAAAGGAAGACGACUCAGACGAUGAUCGAGAUCGAGAUCGAGCUAUCCCCCGCAAGGAUUCUUCAAGUGAAAAGAAGACACCGUAUCAAGCAAUGACGGAUGAAAACAACAAGAUACUGCAAAUCAAACGGUAUUCUCAUUCCAACCAAAUGGUCAAUAGGAUUGGUGGUGUGGUGCAGCCAGUGGUAGAGAUGUUGCAAAUAGGAGUCUUCUUGGGGAGAACCAUUUUCAAUAUUUACACCUGGCAAGAUCCAAUAUUCUCUUUUUGGUUUGCUGUUUUGGGUCCAGUCUUGGUCGUUCUCCUUUACAUUGCUCCCUAUCGAAUAAUUUUUGGCGUGGCAGGAGCUAUCUUUAUGGGCCCACACAAUUGGGCUUUGCGAGUGUACCGAGAGAAACAGCCAGGGUAUCAACCACCAGAUUUUGACAAGAUUGUCCGCAAGAAGAAGGUAGACAAAGGUUUGCUCGAUAGUCAAGAUCAGGAAUUUGCCAACUGCACAAUAUUCUCAAGUGCGGCUUCCGGAGGAAACUAUGAGGGCCACAUUGAUCCCAAGAGGCUUCGGACAGUGGUGGUCCCCACAAGUGUCCUAAGAUACAACCAUCGAUUUUAUGAGUGGCCACCGGAAGCCAAAUAUGCGCGAGUCUACCAGUCAUCGGCCAAAGAGCUAGUACGUCGGGCUCGUGGUCAGAAUCAUCGAGGAGGAGAAGGGACCAUGAGGACCAUUGGUGAAAACGAUGCCGAGGGUAUGUUUGAAUACGAAAGUGUCGACUCAUCCGAAGGCGAUCAUACCGAUUCGUCAAGUUUGCUGAAUGUUGAGAUCCAUCGACUAUCGGCUGGACGAGUUACGCGGAGACCUCGGCGAGGGAGCAUGAUCGCCAUCAACCCAAGACAGUUUCGGAAAAAGGUCGUGGCCUUGACCGAUGACAUGAAAAAGAAAGGAAAGGACAGGAUCAACAAGAUACAUCCGUCUCGAGGAGGAGGAGGAGGAAUGCCUGGUGGUGCCGAAAGCGGCAAUAGCCAUUCUAUGAAGAAUAGGAUGAAGAAGAAGCUUCGUAUGUGGGAUUCUAACAAGAAACACAGCUGA